AUGGCAUCUUUUGAUCUUAAUUCGAUAACACAAGCUUUGAGCGAUCCUGGCAGAACUACAAGUGGCGUAGAUUUUUCUGGAAAAUCGCUAAAGCUUGACACUGAGAAAGAUGCUCAGCCUAUCGUUGAAGCAAUCAACAAAUGCCCAGAUCUCCAGUAUCUCACCCUUACGGGGAAUACUCUUGGUGUGGCCGCUGCCCAGGCCAUUGCCAAGGCUCUGGAGCAUCACCCUGAGUUGAGGAUUGCCCGGUUCUCAGACAUGUUCACGGGCAGGAUGAAGACGGAGAUACCACCAGCUUUGAAAGCCCUCGGAGACGGUAUGAUCACAGCAGGGGCCCGGUUGGAAGUGUUGGACCUGAGUGACAACGCGUUCGGUCCCAUCGGAGUGGAGGGGCUUGCCAAAUUGUUGGAAAGCGAGGUCUGCAGUCAGCUACAGGAGCUGAGGCUCAACAACAACGGUCUUGGUAUAAGCGGAGGCAGGUUACUGGCUCGCGCUCUCACUCAGUCGCCGCGCCGGCUGAGAGUCUUCGUGGCGGGUAGGAACCGGCUGGAGAACGAUGGAGCGAAGGCAUUGGCAUCUGUAUUCACGAGCAUGGACACACUGGAAGAGGUAGCGAUGCCACAGAACGGAAUAUACCACAUUGGCAUAUCGGCAUUAUCAGAAGCAUUCAAGAUGAACCCGAGACUUAGGUCUCUAAACCUGAACGACAACACCAUCGGACACAAGGGCGCGGAAGCUAUAGCGGCCGCGUUGCCUAGCUUAAAGAAUCUCAAAUCCAUAAACUUCGGUGAUUGUUUGUUGAAGAGUAAAGGAGCCAAGACACUUGCCAAAGCUUUCCGGGACAACUCACAAAUGCUGGAGUGCCUAGAUUUGAGUCACAAUGAGAUAGGCCGGGAGGCUUGUAUGGAAUUAGUGGAUUCCAUCACCUGCCUGCCCGACAGCAGCGACCGACUCGCCAGGGUGAUUCUAGCGGGCAACAGUUUGGGCGGCGCUUCAAACAAGAAAAGUAUGAAGGAGAAAUUGGGAACAUGCGCCGAACUGUCGGACGGGGAAGGGAGCGAUGACGAAUACGCCACCGACUCCGACGAAGAAGGUGAAGGUGACGACAGCGAUGAUGACGACGAUAACUCGGACGACGAGUCUGGCAGUGAGCAGAAUCACACGCGAGUCGAUACAGCCGCUGUCAUUGGGAACAAUAUCACGCUUGACACAUCAGGUGUGGAGGAAAUAGACACAGAUGUGGGUAGAUUCCUGCGGGAACCCACUGUGGAAAAUCUGCAGAAGCUGGGCAGUAAUGCGGCUCAAGUUAUAGAUGCACAUUUACAGUGUAUAAAGAACCCAGAAGAACUCAUCACAGCGUACGUAGAGGCGACAUUCUGUGUGUCAGGCCUGUCGGAGAACAGCGAGCUGGCAACAUUAGUGUCUGGGCGUUUAUAUCCCAUCCUGAUGGCGAGGGCGGGGGAACAACACGCCGCCUCGUGGCUACUGACCAACACUAUGCUGAGGGGGUUGGGAUUAAUAAAGAGUGAAAACAAGGACUAUAAGAUACGCUGGUCCUUACCAUCCUGCUUCUCCACACUAGGGACAGUGAUCACAGCCCCAUACUUCCCACAAGCUGUGCGGGACACACUAAAGUUCUUUAUUGCCGCAAAACUGGGACACAUGCCGCCUGAAACCGCCAGAAUAGUGAGGGACAACGCCGCGCUACUCACAUAA